AAGGAGUUUCCGUGCGCAUGCUCGAGGAUUUCACAUUCAGAAUACUGUAAUGUCUGUGAGCCUUUUUAAGGUGUGUUGUCAUUUAGCUAUAUGGGUGUAUGUUUCUUGCAUCGAUGCGUUAAUGUAUGCUGGUUUAAAUCAGUUGCCGUCCAUGUGUUGUAGAGAAAAGUUGUAACGCGAGCUACCGUAGAGCUAUCGGUGUGUUGCUGGAGGAAACCGACUAUGUCGGCAAAUAAAACAAAGAAAGUCAAAAUGGCUACUAAAUCGUGUCCUGAAUGCGACCAACAGAUUCCAGUUGCGUGCAAGUCCUGCACAUGUGGCUACGUGUUUAUUAGCAGAAAACUUCUAAAUGCCAAAUUAAAUGAGCGGUCUUCUCCAGCUCUAGCAGACAAGCUGGACUUAAAGAGGAGGAGAACAGAGCGCAUUCGCAGAGAGAGGAUCGACUCUUCUUUAACCAGUGACAUGGAGAACAGGAGAAGAUCGCGGGCCAACAGCCAGUCAGAUCCCAUCCGGAGGGGAAGGGGGAGACCCAAAACAGUGGGGCUGAAGAAACAAGAGGAGGAGAAAGAGAAACAAGAGAAGGAAGUGGACAUCUAUGCAAGUCUUUCUGAUGAGAAGGCCUUUGUGUUUUCUGUGGCCUUGGCUGAAAUCAACCGCAAAAUCCUGGGCCAAAGACUCAUCUUAUAGAUUAAAGCCCGAUUAAAAGAGAACCUGUCGAAUAGCAAGAGGAUGACCAAAGAAGGCAGAACUGUCUGGAGCUGAACUUGGACCUGGAUGUGUGUCACUUGGCUCAUGGGGUGAUUUUCUGAAAAGCGAAGAAUCUUCAGCCUGAAGUAGAAUUGAGGAAAGCACAGCUCUUCAGCACCUUCAGUUUUACAACCGCCACAGUCAUGCAAACACAUGUUUCUGGAGUAAAGGCAGGAUGAUGCGUGGUGUGCUGCAGGGAAGAGAGGUACUGAGGACAUUUCACACCUGUUACAUGGAUGCAUACUCCUGUGUAUAAACCAUACUGUGUCUUAAGGCCUCCAGGUUUAAAUGGAUUUAAUUGAGGAGAGUGAAACACUAAAGGUUGUCAUCUUAUUUAAAAUAAAUGAACUGUGUUAUCAAGUGCAUAUCUUCAGCUGACCUUAGAUUCAUGUUAAUAGAAGGUGUUGGUAUCUGGGCAACUGAAGAUGAUGAGCCUUUGUUAUUGAGACUGAAGCUUAUCAAGAAUAGAUAGUCUAAAAUAGAAUAAAGUUUUCUUUUUUUUUGUUUAGAUUGCCAUUCUUCAGUGGUCUGUAAGUAGGGUUGAGGACAUAGAGUGUCCUUGUUCAAGCUUUUCUAGAAUCACACUUAAGUGAGUUUUGGCUGAGGUAAUAAGUUUUCUUUUAAAAUUGUAUUUUAUCUGUCCAACUUUUUAUUCAGUGAGAAAUUAUUGCUGUUAAAUUGAUGUUCUAUUUGAUGAACUGCAGCAGAAUCACAUGUAUCACUGUAUUGUGAUAAUUUCACAAUAUACUCUAUAUAUUAUAAUUCUAGCAGCAUUUAUUCAUGUUUAUUGUUGUAUAGAAAUUUUAUGUAAAGAUACUAUCCACCAAAAAUGUUACAGACUGUCAUUCAUUCGAUUUUAAAAAUCAUUCCACUUGCCACCAGAAGGCUUCUGUUGCAUCACAAUAAUAAAACCAAUUUAAAAAAAGGUUCUGUUGUUGAACAUUUCACACAAAUGUCGGCACUGGUCACUUAUCUCAGACUCUCUUGAUUCCCAGCUCAUAAAAUUUCUCAUCAACCAAACACUUAUGUUAACAGAAUGAACUUGACUCACAGUUGGAAUAUUUCAUGAUUAAUAGUAUGUGGAACGUCAACUGACUGAACAGCUGGUCCAGUGAGCUCUUGCUGAUC